GGCUCGCUUUGCUUUGUGUUUUAAAGGAGCCGGGGGGACAAAGCCCCUCCAGAACCUCCAACGCGUCCCGAAAGGCGGAGGCGGCUCGCUGCGGCCGAUCUCCCUCGGAGAGGAAUUGGUGCGUGGUCGCUGGUUUGGAAGUUUGCUCCGCCGAGAAGCCUAGUUUGGGUUUUGGAAUAAACUUUUUAAAUGUUUGGGAUCCAAGAUACGCUAGGAAGAGGGCCGAUCCUGAAAGACAAGGUGCUGGGGUCGGAGAUGGACCCGGUCCGCUCCUGGGUCAGGAACGUCGGCGUGGUGGAUGCCAACGUCGCCGCUCAAAGCGGCGUGGCUUUGUCUCGAGCCCACUUCGAAAAACAGCCCCCCUCCAACUUGAGGAAAUCCAACUUCUUCCACUUCGUCUUGGCUCUCUACGACCGCCAGGGUCAGCCCGUGGAAAUCGAGCGGACGGCGUUCGUGGACUUCGUGGAAAACGACAAAGAACAGGGCAACGAGAAAACAAAUAAUGGGACACACUACAAAUUACAGCUUCUGUACAGCAACGGUGUCAGGACUGAACAAGAUCUAUUUGUCAGACUCAUUGAUUCAGUCACAAAACAGCCCAUCACCUACGAAGGACAAAACAAGAACCCAGAAAUGUGCAGAGUUCUACUCACCCAUGAAGUUAUGUGCAGUCGUUGCUGUGAGAAGAAAAGUUGCGGGAACCGUAACGAGACUCCUUCGGAUCCUGUGAUCAUUGAUAGGUAG